AUGGCUCUCUUCAAGAUUCAUGAUUCACCAUCCUCACCUUCAUCCUAUCUCUCUUCUUCCAUUACUACUAAUGCUGAUGGUCUUGGUUCUCUUUCUUGUAAACGGAAAUGUCGACAACAAGAAACCAGCAACAUUUCAUCAUUGUUGGAUUUGUCUUCAUAUCCUAAUGAAACCAAUGUUUGUCUCCACCUAUCUCUUUCUUUUUGUAAUUGCAUUCAAAUUGCCAAGAAACAAAAACUUGCUCACCAAGAAACGAAUGCUAAUGCUGUUGGAACAAGUUCUGAUUCUUCAACCAAUGGCGAUGAUCCAUGGAAAAUCAGGAAGGUGCUCACAGCAAGUGAUCUUGGCAACAAUAGCAGACUUCUGUUGAAGAAAGAAUUGGCUAAAAAAUGGGUGGUUCCUUUUUUGGAUAAAGAUCCAGCUGAAAAAGAUGGAGUGAAAGUUUCGGUGUUUGAUGUUGACACUCAAGAUCUCCGUUCUCUUGUUUUCAAGGUAUGGCCUUCCAAUGGAAGUCAUGUUUUCAACGAUACGUGGAUCACUGAUUUUGUAGAUAAACGGAACUUAAAGGCUGGAGAUGAAAUUGGUCUUAAAUGGGAUAAAGAAGAGAAGAAAUUUGAUUUUUCUGUUCUUCGUAGGGGUUCAUCACAGCAGAUAUAG